AGUUACGCACUUACACUCUCAUUUUCUCGUACAUUUCCGGAAUUUUGAUUCAGCCAGUAAAAGUAAACCAUUUCCGUGAUGGAACUCGAUAAAGGUGAGAUUUUAGGAAGUGGUGGUUACGGGGUGGUGUUUGCCGGAACGUACGACGGCAAUCCCGUUGCCAUUAAAAGAAUUCAGUUAACCGACGAUCUGACUGAAUUAUUAAGAGAAGAAGACGCUCUCAAAAAGUUAAAUCACCCCAAUGUGGUCAAGCUCUACUCCAUCACUAGCAACGACGACUUUAAGUUCUUUAUUCUGGAACGAUGUAAGGCAUCCCUCAAAGAUUUGUUUGAGAAACCAGAGAAAUACAAAGGGCAAAUUAAGCUGCCGUUCAAUCACGACAUCAUGUUCCAGCUGGCAAAAGGCUUGGAGUUCAUCCACUCGCAAAAGAUAGUGCAUCGAGACAUCAAGCCGGCAAACGUUCUUGUUUCUGUUGAUGAUCAAAGUCGUCAGGUGACGAUAAAGUGGACCGACUUUGGACUUAGCAAAACGGUGAACGAGCGGGAAACAUUCUCGAUAAGUGGUGUCAAAGGAACGAUGGAUUGGUUCGCCCCGGAGGUGUUUGCUAGUGAAGCUAAUCAAGAUUCUGAAAAUAAAAUGAGAGGUACAACCAAGAGCGAUGUCUUCUCCGAGGGCUGCGUGUUUGGCUAUCUGCUUCUGGACGGCCAACAUCCGUUUGGCAGUAGUAUUGACGCCGAGAACGAAAUCCAAUCCAACAUCCUAAAAGAAAAUUUCGUGAAUUUAAAACAAAUGAAAACUCGUGGAAUGCCUUAUGCCGCCCCCACAAUCAAUCGAAUGAUAACGAAAAAUCCCGGGGAUAGAAUCACGUCCGGACAAGUUGUUCGGUUACUGGAAGACGUUCAAUUUAAGAGCAAGAUCCAAGAUCGGGAGUCCGUGUUGACAAGACUCUGCAAGCAAUACAACCAACAUCCGGAUUUAGCGGAAAUGGAAUAUUUUUUCAAAGAAAUAACGGAUGUCAGCUUCAGUGGGCCGGCAGGUGAAAGGAUAGAGCCCCUCGUCUUUCUCUGCCAACGCUAUUCGCAAGAGAAUUUGAUCGAUAUCGUCCGAGCUUUGAUUGAAGGAGACAUCGACGUCAACUCCAAGAACGAAGACAGUUUUAACGCCCUGCUCGUAUUGUGCCUGAAUUAUCGACACGACAACUUGAUCGAGAUUGUUCGAGUUCUGAUUGAAAAAGACGUCGACGUUAACUGGACAGCUGAUGGUUGGAAUGCUCUGCUCUUUUUGUGCAGAUAUUAUCCGCACAAAAAUUUGGCUGGCGUCGUGCAGAUUUUAGUCGACAAAGGUAUUGACGUUAACUACUGCGAUGGAGAUGGCUGGAAUGCGCUGCUAUUUCUCUGUCGAUAUUAUCAACAGGAUAACCUGAUAGAAAUUUUACAAAUAUUAAUUAGAAAGAAUGUUAACGUCAACAGCAGUGAUACAGAUGGUUGGAAUGCGCUGCUAUUUCUAAGUCGAUUUUAUCCGCACGAUAAUUUGGUAGAAAUUGUUAAAAUUUUAAUUCAUAACGGGAUUGAUGUCAAUUUGAAAACAAGUGUGGGCUGGAAUGCUAUGCACAUUUUAUGUCAAUUUUAUCCUCACCAAAAUUUAAUCGAAAUUGUGCGAAUUUUAAUCGCUAAAGGUGUGGACAUUAAUCUUUCCACCUCAGAAGGUUGGAAUGCUUUCCUCUUGUUGAGUAGGAACUAUUCAAAAGAUAAUUUGAUCGACAUUAUUAAAAUAUUCAUCGACGGAAAAGUUAACAUUAAUUGUAAGAAAAGUGGUUGGAAUUCUUUGCUGUUUUUAUGUCAGAACUAUUCCAACAGAAAUUUGAUUGAAAUUGUGCAAUUUCUGGUAGAAAAUGAGAUUAAUGUUAGCUGUAAAAACGAAGAUGGUUGGAAUGCUCUACUACUGUUGUGUCGUCAUUAUUCGCAAGACAAUUUGAUCGACUUAAUUCAAAUUUUGAUCGAUAAGGGAAUUAAUCUUAACUACAGGAACGACGGCUGGAGCGCUCUCCUCUUGUUAAGUCGAUAUUAUCCGCACGACAAUUUGCCUGACAUUAUUCAAAUUUUGACUGAAAGAGAUAUUGACGUUAAUUGUCGACACGAUAACGGUUGGAACGCUCUACCCAUUUUGUGUCAAUACUAUAAGCACGAGAACUUAAUCGAAAUCGUCAAAACUUUAAUCGAUAAAAAUAUCAACGUGAACGCUAAAAACGACCAGGGUUGGAACGCCCUUCUCUUGUUGCUACGAGAUUACAAGCACAACAACUUGAUUGCGAUUGUCAAUCUUUUGAUCGGCAAUGGCAUCGACGUCCACUGCAAGAACUCUGAUGGGUGUAAUGCUCUUUACGUUUUGUGCCAGAGUUAUUCGCACAAUAAUUCGUUAGAAAUCGCCCGUGUUUUUAUUAAGAAAAAUGUCGAUGUGAAUUCUAAGCAUAAGAAUGGUAAUAAUGCUCUACUCUUACUGUGUUGGGGGAGUCGACUUCUUGAAAAUGUAACCGCCAUUAUACGACUGCUGAUUGAAAACGACAUUAACGUCCAUUUAAAGGACCAGGAUGGUUUCAAUGCUUUCCUUGUUUGGUGUACCUUUUGUCGACAAGAAGAUUUGAUGGAAAUUUUGAAAAUGUUAGCUGAACAAAAUGUUGACAUUACCUGCAAGAAUUAUGAAGGUUUGAAUGGCCUCCAGAUUUUAACUAAAAGAUUUUCUGAAACUGUAGUAGACACUGUCAUCAACCUUCUUACUGAACAUGGAUACAAUAUGGAUAGCAUUAGUUUACUGUAG